GCGAUUUCUGUGAAACCGACAGACUGCCGCGUCAACAACUUGACCAGCGAUGCUGCGUGCCAGUCGUGUGCUCACAGGCAUGCUCGUGGCGUGGGCCGUUGUCUUCGUCGGCUGUAGCACCGCCUCUCCUCAACGACUGUACACACACAACGCGCGGGCUCGAGUUGAGCAUCGUCCGUCGGCCAUCCGCCGCGACAUCCACGACAUUGUCCAGACGGCGACCGUGUUUGUCCUGAACGUUGCCGAGCUUCGCGUCGAUCUUACCAUGCAAAACGAUACGUCCUUGGCCUUUACAACACGAGCGUACAAUGGUCGCGUUCCUGGACCGACGAUCUACGCCGUUGCAGGCGACACAUUCCACAUCAUGCUGCACAACUUGUUGCUUCCUGGAACUGCCAACGAAACGAGCUUGCACCUCCAUGGCCUGCACGUCGCUAAUGACUUGACGCCAGUGCUGCCGUCGCAGGCAAACAUGCUGACCUACCACAUUCCACUCGAUCAUCCGUCCGGCACGUACUGGUACCAUCCCCAUCGCCACGGCCAGUUGAAUUCACAGAUCUCGGGGUUGAUGGCAGGCGCAUUCAUCAUCCUUGACCGGGUAACGGACCUGCCGCCGUCGCUGCAAAACUGCCAAGAUCACGUGCUUCUUCUACAAGGAGUUUGCACUGACGGCUGCGCCUCGGACUACAAUAUGUUGGAAAGAGCGAUCCAUGGCCAGUCUCCCUCACAUUUUGACCCGCAUGUCGUCGUCUCGGGCAAUGCGACGACGACGCAAGGCAUGCAGCUUCUAGUGAACGGCGAGUCUGUACCGACGCUAAUGCUUCGUCCAUCUACUUGGACGCGUUUGCGAUUCGUGAACGCACUGGCGAAUUCAAUCGUCGAGCUUAAGCUACCCUGCACGUCGCAUCUCCUCGCCCGCGAUGGCGUGACAAAGGACAAGUGGCGACAGGUCGACCUUUUAGUUAUUCCACCUGGGGGCCGGGCGGACGUAGCGAUGCAAUGUCCAGUGGCUGGCUCCCAAUUUGCAGUCGUCGUGGACAGAAGAGCCACGCGAAACGAAUGGCUCGGAACAGUCCACCACCGUGUGCCAAGUCAACUUGCAUUGAUCAUUCAGACAGUGUUGGCGGAUUCACCGGUGGGCCGACCACGAGGCCAAGCACACGUACAUUCGCUUGAAGCGGCUCCACCGCACGUCACAUUGCCAUGGUACAUGUCGCUUCCACCAGCAAUGAAAGGCGUUGCCGAGGAAACUCCUCCCCAAUGCGACGUUCUGUACGAGUUUACAACCGACAAGAAUCCCAUCGACGGGUCCAUGGCAAUGGGUGUAAACCAUGUUUCGAUGGACAUGGUGCCACCCGGCAACGUCAAUGUAACUUACCUUCGACGAAACCAGUCGAUCGUGUGGUGCGUGGGCUCUAUCGCAGGCCACAGCCAUCCAUUCCACGUGCACAACACGCACUUUCAGGUCAUCAAGUCGCUGCGAUGGAAUUCCACUCAACCACAUCUGUACGAGCACGACGAAUGGCGAGACACGAUUCCGUUGUACAAAGACCAUGUUCUACUGCAGUGCGUCCACUUCUACCUUUAGCGGAUUGCUCCUCAUGCAACACUAGGAUCACGCCGGCCGUACUGGGACCGAUGCUCUCACAUUGCCACAUUGCAUGGCACGCUGAUCAUGGAAUGGGUCGCAUGUUCCACGUGUUGGAGUAGUGCUGUCCAGAGGACUCAUGCCGUCGCCGCGUCCACCGCUGCCGCUCGCGAGGGGCGCGUCAUGGCUGAGCAACAUCAAAUGUCCUUCCAUGAUAUUUGACGUUCCCAACCUUCAGUGAGAAUGCCGUGUUUGCUACCGUAUAUAUAGAUAGAUCUGCAUCGCGC